CCGCAGUUAACCCUGCUUUCUCCCCCCCUAUUCCUCCUCCUCUGGUUGCCUUUCAGAGCUGCUGCCUCUUUCGCUGAGCCAAGAUGCAUCGCACCACCCGCCUCAAGAUCACCGAGCUGAACCCGCACCUGAUGUGCGUGAUCUGCGGAGGGUACUUCAUCGAUGCCACCACCAUCAUCGAGUGCCUCCACUCCUUCUGUAAGACCUGCAUCGUGCACUACUUGGAGACCAGCAAGUAUUGUCCGAUUUGCGACGUCCAAGUUCACAAAACCAGGCCCCUCUUGAACAUAAGAUCAGAUAAAACUCUCCAAGACAUUGUCUACAAGUUAGUGCCAGGCCUUUUCAAAAAUGAAAUGAAAAGAAGAAGAGACUUUUAUGCUGCUCAUCCCUCUGCUGAUGCUGCCAAUGGCUCUAAUGAAGACAGAGGAGAAGUUGCAGACGAAGACAAAAGGAUUAUAACAGAUGAUGAGAUCAUAAGCCUAUCCAUCGAGUUCUUUGACCAAAACAGAGUUGAGCGGAAAGGAAAUAAAGAAAAAGAGAAAUCCAAAGAGGAG